GAUGUUGGUAAUAAUGUGUACCGGGAGAGUUGUUUUGUUUUAACUUAACCGAAACUCAGCGGAUACAUAAACCAAUUAAUUACUGAUUCUCAAUUGUAUUAUAACUUCAAUACCGACGUAUAUUUUAAUAAAAUAGUGGUGGAGUGUUAUUUAAAAUUCUCAGUGCCAGAGGCUUACAAGAUACCUCCGACAAGAAAAUUAUAACCUAUAUGGUAGCUUCCGUAACGUCAUUGGAUUUCCAAAACGAACAAGAAAUUAAUAGGGCAAUUGAAACUAUUCAUAUAACGAACAUGAUGGAGGUGCCUGACUUGGCGACAUACAUGCUUGAAGAUGAACGCCUGGGAACGUUCAAAAGUUGGCCAUUUAACGAAGAUACUUCAUGCAAUGCCCGGAAGAUGGCUGAGGCAGGUUAUAUUUUCUGCGGCUCGAAGGAUGAACCUGACCUAGUUCAAUGUCAAGUGUGCCUAAAGAAGCUGGAUGGCUGGAAACAAGAUGAUGAUCCCUGGAAUGAACACAAGACACAUUCUUCCUCUUGCUUGUUCGUCAAGAUUGGGAAGAAAGAUGCCGACUUGACAGUCUAUAAUCAUUUCGAUUUGUCCCUUGAAAGGACCAAAAAUAUUAUGAAAGCAGAGCAUGCUGAGCAGCGAGCUGCCUUCAUAGAAAAGGCUGAAGAAAGUAAACAAUUGCUGCAGUAUGUUAGAAGUUCACAAACGUUUCACACGUCCUUGCUGCCUUAUCGUCAGGGCGAUCGCAAUAGUAAAGUUCUACCAGACUACACGGCGAUACAACACAGAAGACAGUUAUCUUCUUACAUCUUACUGAUUAAUAGGUGACGUACAAGUUUCAGAAACUCAGUACGACAGGAGAGAGUUAGGGGUGAAUUAACUGUUUAACUGAAGAGUUACACUGAGUUCUGGCACGAUACACAAUAUUUUAUACGAGAAGGAAGUUUCAGCACUGGGUUCUCAAGUGCAGAGAAGAACCAUUUAGAACCUUCUAUUUGUACUUCAUAAAUUCAUGGAUUUGCUGAGAGCGAUGUAAGUGAAUUACUUUCAUGAACUUAACUAUUUGCGUUAUCUCAUGUACUGUGCUUUGUCGAGGGAUACAAAACCAGAGAUUCUGUAUGACUGUCACUGUUUUCUGCAUUUCACGAAAUGGGAGAACUAACAAUCAAUAUUCAAAAUUUUGAUAAAGUAUAACUUUAAAAGUGGCUUAUGGUCAGUUCGGUUACAUCUUCAAAGAUAAUUCUUAUGGUGCAGGAGCUACACGUGUAUUAAUACAUCUAUGAAGUUCGUGCGAUUCCGUAAAAGUCUUCAGUUGGCAAAAUAAAAUAUCCAUAUUAUGUGAUACAUGCCAUUACGAUUGUAGAACAAAAGCAUUUAUUUCUAAAGACUUUGCCAUAUAUUGACCAGUGGGACACAACUUGGGUUAUGUUUUCUGAAAACCUUUUCCCAAACCUUUUCUACAAAGUGCUAGGCCAGUUUCAGGUUUAACGAUGCCUAUGAAUCCCAUGUUUCCAUUCCUGAUGGAAGUUUAUUUCAAAAUGGCUGUCUCUUCGCGUGUUUGACCACGCAGUCUCCUGAAAUCUGUUGACGGAGUGAGUAAGGAGCUCCAAAAACUUCCCAGAAGGGAAAUUUCUUCAUACUUGUUUGUGCAAGAGCCAGAAAUCCCACGGAAAUUCAUUUAAUUUUUGGUUUGUGUCUGUCUUACGUGUAGCAGAACCUCUCCGGAUAUAUUUUUGUUGGGACAAAAUAUUUUUUGGAAAUAUUUUGCUAAAAGAGGGAAAUAUUGUCAUGGGCGCGUGUCUCAAACAAGACGCGCUUAUCUCUCCAAAGAAAGCUUGUGAUUAAAUUUAUUUUUCUGACCUAAGCUAAUGGCUUAAUGAAAUGUACCAAACGUCGCUAGCCAGAACACAACUCAUUUGACAGCCUUUUAAAAUAGUCAUAACUUCUCCCUCCACUUUGAUGUGAUAAAAUGUUUUACGUUAUAAUAGCGCGUUGGCCGGUGUUCUACGUGCAUGAGUGAAAGAAAGAUCACGUGGGAACUGUUCUCAAAUAUGGUGAGGCAAUCGUGCGUCGUCAGACAGAACACUAAAUAAUAAUAAUAAUAAUAAUAAUAAUCGUGCAUUGAAUUCCGAUUGGGGGAAUUUCUGUUAAGGUUGUCAGGAAACAAAUUAGAAGCAACGACAUUUCGGUGGAAGCUGUGUCCUUAGCUUCAAGCAGUUUCCCAUUCUACACAAAGACAUUGAUAUUUUUAGGUCAACACAUUUUACGACUCACAAAGAUAUUUUUUAAGAAAAUUGUUAAAUUUUACAUAAAUGCACUGACAUUCAAAUUACAUUUCUAUUACAUUUGUAUUAAAAAAUUAUUAUGGUAGAAGAGGCUUCCUUCGUGAGUUACAUCAUCUCAUGUUUUCUGUACCUGUCAGUGAAAUGUGAUAAAAUUUGUCUUGAGUGUAGUAAAUACUGAUGGACGAUGAAAGAUUAUUUUCACUUUUAAUAUUUCAAAUUGCAGGUACCAGGCGGCAGACUUGAAUGUUUAUAGAUACGGAAUUUCGACUUGUGUCAUCGAGAACCUACCGAAUGCAAGCGAUUACGCCUACAAGCACAGAGACAAGAGAAUCGUAAAGAAAAGGAGGAGAAAAGUAAAAUAAAUGUUAGAUUGGGAAAAUCAGCAGUUUGCAGUUGAUUACAACCACGACGAACACAUUAAUUUUAAUUACUUUCCUUGCGAAAAUUAUGUAGAAAACUAGGAAUUGAUGUAGGAGCUACAUAAAGAAAUAUUGUUUGCAG